CACGGAGCAUUUCUUGCACCCUGGCCCCCUAAAACAACAGCCGCCACCAACAUUGCAACUUGGAUUUGUGAUGGAUUCAAGGCCCUUGGAUAGCCCGUCACCCACAACUUAUCCGCAGAUGCUGGUAGCUCGUCAGAACAGUGCCGGGUCACAAAAUGUUCUGAAUGCGGGGAGAUCUGUCCGCAGUGCCAAGGAUCCGGAAAAUAGAAGGUUUCUUUAUGCAAAAGGUGCAAUGGGUAUAAGUUCAUUUCGGACACCAACAACCAAGGCUGUCAGGGUCGUUGUGAUGGUUAUGGAUAUCAUUACUCUUUCCGUUGAUUGA